CGGGGUGCAAGGCUGCCUCCACCAUUGCCAUGUGAUUAUGAAACUCAGGUCGGAAUCGGGGGAAAAUAAGACCUGUGCAAUGUUGUACACCCUUUUACCUUAAUAAAAGAGCCCAACCUGAGGUGUGAAGCUCAAAUCGUAAGCCAGCUAUUGAAGUUUGGAGGUCCGAAUGUCUGGCGAAUAUCGAAUCUCAAACCAACUUUACCAGGGUGGGGAACCAGUGUUAUGAGUGAAUGGGAGAAAUGGUAUCCCGUGGAUUGACUAUCCCAGCGCUCUUCCAGCUGUGUUUGUUGUUGAUUUUGGCACCAUACAUCAAAGGCAGAACAUCGGAGAAAUGUCUCCCGGGCAAUACAUGUCGAUCUGAAAAACCUCCCGUAGUCCUAAUUCCUGGGGACCUGGGGAACCAGCUGGAGGCCAAGCUGGACAAGCCCAGCGUGGUUCACUACAUCUGCUACAAAAAGACUGAUGUUUACUUCACAUUAUGGCUCAACCUGGAACUGCUGGUGCCGGUGGCCAUCGACUGCUGGAUUGACAACAUAAGACUGAUUUACAACCGCACAACAAGGCAGACAGAAGCACCUCCGGGGGUAGAUGUCAGAGUGCCUGGCUUUGGACAGACCUUCCCUCUGGAAUACCUUGACCCUAGCAACUACAGUGUUGGUAUGUAUUUCUUCACCAUAGUGCAGGCGCUGGUGGAGUGGGGAUACACGAGAGAUGACGAUGUUCGAGGAGCUCCGUAUGACUGGCGUAAAGCGCCAAAUGAGAACAAAGCCUACUUCAUGAGUCUGCAACAGAUGAUUGAGGAGAUGGCAGAGAAGGCUGGGGGUCCGGUUGUCCUGAUGGCCCACAGCAUGGGGAACAUGUACACCCUGUAUUUCCUGAACCAUCAGCCCCAGGCCUGGAAGGAUCGCUACAUCAAGUCCUUUGUGUCCCUGGGUGCACCUUGGGCUGGUGUGGCUAAAACCCUGAGAGUUGUGGCUACUGGUGAUAAUAACCGUAUCCCAGUCAUCAGUUCACUAAAGAUCCGCUCACAACAGCGCUCUGCAGUCUCAACCACAUGGCUGUUCCCAUACUCACAUUCCUGGCCUGCUGACAAGGUGCUAAUCCAAACACCCACCACCAACUACACAGUGAAAGACUACCAACACUUCUUCAAGGAUAUCGACUUUGAAGACGGCUGGGAGAUGCGUCAAGACACUGAACCACUGGUCAGUGCACUAGAGCCCCCCAGGGUGGCCAUACACUGUCUGUAUGGCAGCAGAGUGCCCACAGCGGAGGGUUUUCUCUACACCAACUUUCCUGAUACAGACCCCACACUGAUUCUCGGAGAUGGGGAUGGGACGGUCAACCUGCUGAGUGCCACCCAGUGCAAGCGUUGGAUAGGCCACCAGACUCAGCCUGUCCAUAUGCUUGAACUGGAGGGGAAUGAGCAUGUGGCCAUGUUGCUCAACUUUACCACAGUAACCUACAUCAAGACCGUGCUCUUUGGCCCCUGAGCGACCUCAACUAACUACUGCCCCUCAGCUUGCUGUCUGAUGUGACAAAUUCACAAAAAUGAAGAACUGGGAUAGUACAGAGAGAAGACAACUGAUAGGCUUUUGGACACAUGACGGUCUGAGCCUGAGGAGGAAGUGAUGGCGGCAGUAAAAUGUUUUAUCCUAUUUUAUUAUGAAUUAUCCCCUCAGCAGACGAUUGCUGUUUGUUCCCUUUAAUGUCGAUCAAAAUGUUACUAUGUUAAUUGAUCAUAUUUGGAAAGGACUUUCCCACUUAAGACUCAAGAUUACCAGGUUGUUUCCUGUUGUGCUGAACCAAAAACGAUUUACUAUGUGAUCCUCAGAAUUAGCAGUAUGUCCAAUAUUGAGCUGUGAUGAAUUAAGAAAAUCAGGGGCUUUUUGUGGAGGCUAGAUUGUUUACAGCACAGGGAGAUGCCGUCUGAUCAGCUUGAUUGUAACUAUGUCAUUGCGCUAUGGUUGGGCUUGAACAAUAUAUUGCUGGAACUAUCAUGAUCUGUGUGUUGUGCUGCCUUGUGACGAUUAAGUAAAAUGUAAUGUUAAACAUUGCUUUAA